GACGUUUGGGACCUCUUCCUCUAGCGUUCCGUCGUCGUCUUCUUCUUUCUCUUCUGGUUUUCCUGCAAAAAUCCGUGGAAGAAGAGAUCGAGAUUCGUCAGCGAUGGGGAUAUUGGAUGCAGGAGUGAGAAUCGCCGCGAGGUUCAAUUCUCACUGCCCUCAGACGUCGAGGAUGUACUACCAUCCUCCUCCGCCGCCUCCGCCGCCGAAACAGGAUGAUUCGGCGAAUCGCCGCCCCGACGCCGGAGAUGCUUCCGGUAAGAACUGCGCCGCGGCUGGUACGCUCUUCUCCAAGGCGGCCGCAGGGAUCGAUCCCGCUCAUUUCAUUCUCUAUUCUGUUUGAAUUUAAUGGAUCCAUUGCAAAGCCAUAUCAUUUUUUGAAUUAAUUGUUAGAUCGAGCGUCACAUUCAUUGAAUAUUGUUCGUCCUUUAAUUCGAUCUGUACUCGAAUCAUCAUUUUUGCUUGAAUCUAUUCAUUGAAUCGUUCAAUUAUUUAUUUUGGCUUCGUUCUUCUAAAGUUCCAUUGAAUCUAUUUGCAGAAAUUCGUGUUUGAAAUUGAAUUGGUGAAAUGUGAGUAGUCCGUAGAAAAGUUCACAGGGUGGUUCCCCCAUGUCGCCCAAAGUCAAAUUAGUCAAUAAAACGUUUAAACUUAU